AAUUUUAAAAAAGCUUUAAUAUCUGAAAAGCUAGUAGAUAUAUAGGCAAGCUUCUAGCAGAUGAUGGAGUUUCAUAAUGGGCUCAAAAAGUUAGUCAAAUUAUCAACACAAAAGAAACUGUGGUUUCAGAAAUGACUUGCAUGACAUCCUCAGUGUCAGGCCAAAGGAGGCAGGAAUGCUCUUUCUCUUUUUCAAAAGCAAAUAGCAUUAAUUCUAUUUCUCUUAAAUAUAAUGCAGAAGGUCGGAAACCAAUCACAUUCGAAGUUUUCUCAAAAAGCCAUAUAUUUAUCCAUGUUCUUUAACUAUCUUUCACUUGGCACCAACAUAGCUAAAGAGCAAUAUCGAUCUUAAGAGAUGGACAGUUACACCAUUAUUUCACUCGGACUUGUUAAUAGGUAAGAACGUUUGAGAUUAAUGUCCAAUCUGACAUAGUCUGCUUCGCUAGAGCUUCGGCCCAGAGUCCAAACCAAAGAGUUAUAUUUUUAAAAAAAUCUCAGAGCACUAAUAUUUGGAUUCCCCAAACUUAGUCCCAUCUUUGAAGCAGGUCAAGACUGAAUAUGGGUGGAAAUUCCAAACAAAGGCUUAAAAAUUCGGGCUCAAUAAACCGAGGUCGCAUUUGUAGUGAGAAGAUCUUCAGACAAAUGGACUUCUGUGGAGCAGGUGAGCCGUACUAGACUCCGUUUACCCAGAAGGCGGCUCGACUUCUGUCUCUGACGGGUGGCACUUUCUGCCCCAUGCACAGGGAACAGAAAGGGGGCUCAGUAUAACCAGUUUUCCCCAAGCUCUGCUCUGCUGUUUGCCAGUCCUGCGCUGUCUUGUUGUCCAGCACCAGGAACGGAGUACCAUUGACUUUCAGGGCGCUUUCUUUGACCACUGGAAACCUGGCCUUGGAGACUUGGAUCCUGGGACCAUCUCAGUGAGACUUGCUAUUCUCAAGUUAACAUCGGGAGAGCUGAAGCAACUUACUUGUCAGAAGUGAGUGCCACUGAUAAUCACUCAGGUGGAAGAAGGUAGAUGACAUAUUAGAAGACACUAACGGGAGGGGAGGAAGAGAAGUCGGAAGGUAGAGGAGUCCCCAGCGUUCUAGAUCUUUCACGCCCAUGUUCCGAAUGGGUUUUACCAAUGGUGCGCUAGCUGCUGAAGUACAAAGUUUGAGGGGGGAGGGGGAAGUGACUCAGAGCACCUAACUUGUGUUUGUUAGAUCCUGGCCGUUCCCUGCGGGGAAGCUGGAGGCGUAAUUUGUCUGCCGCAGCAAGCUCACCCGGAUGCCCUGCGCCGCAGGUAAGGUGCUGCCCGGGCACACCAGAACAAGCACCACCACCCGUUGAGCCGAAGUCUGUAUUUGGCUUUCUGCCCUGGGAAUCCGUGUGAAUUCUGAGCCGGCUACCUCUAGUCAGACCCAGGACAAAACUGGGGGCGAAGAGGGAGGUCCCCCUCCCCAUUCAUUCCCUCCAAGGACCAGGAGCAAGAAGAGUGGCCCAGAUGCGAGGUGCUCAAAAUGUCGGAGCUGUUCCUGGCUUCCGCGCCGCGUCUUUUCCUCCGCGGCGCUUCGUGCCUCUCCUGCUGGGAAUCGUCCGAGGUUCCAGUACGCCGCGUUGCCCAAAGCCAAGGCUGGGGCCAUGCGGGGUCCGCUCCUAAGAGCCAAGCCGCGAGUGGGAGGGGAGAGGCAGCUUCAAAACCGUUACUUUGCUCCCCCCGCGCUUCCCUUCUCGUCCCCAUCUGCGUCCCUCCCCCUUUACGGUUUCUUUUCCCUUUCUCUUCCUGUCCAAGCAUUUUUAAAUUUCCGCGCCUUCCUAACAGUCUGAUUGUAUAGUAUUGAUUUGACUUCUUUCCCCGCGGGCUUCGGCGCCCUUUGUUUUUGCUCUUCUGGUCAGCCGGGGCUUGGCGUGAACUUCUCUCACAGCCCCUUCUCCGGAACAGGCAAGGCGAGGCAGGAGCCCAGGAGCGAUCUCGGAUGCGCCCCGCAUCUCCUCCUUCUGCCCUCGCCCACCGCGCCUCGAGGAGGUCUCUCGCAGCUGGUGCAACCUGCCGCGCUGGAUGGGCGAGAUCUGCGGGUUCUCUCCAACGCUGAAGUCCCAGCCCAAGCGGCCGGAAACGCCGAGGCAAAAGCGCCGUCCCUCUGCAGUUUUCCUUCGGCGAGAAAGAUGCCGGGGGAAAGGCGGUGUGCGUUUGCGCCUCUGGGAAGCUGCGGCUGAAAAGACUCCUUUUCCUUCUAGAAUCGCCAAAGGCAACUGUCCCAAGGCGGCCUUCGCCUAAGAGGUCCUAGCACACGGAGGAAAAAGGCGAACGGCAAGGAAGCAGUGAAAAGGUUUCCAGUUUAAACUCAAGACAGGUAGAGCACUAAUGGUUCCUGCUCUAUUGGUCAGGACAUUUAAAAGAGUAUCAACAAUUAUUAAUAGCAUCUGAUAAUGAUUCAUACAAAACAUCAGUGAAUAGAAUUCCAGAACAGUCUACAAUGAAGGACAACAGAAAUUACAAAAGCUUCAGAAUGAAUUUCAAAAUUCAUGGCAAAAGUGCCAUUAAGAACCAUCAACUAAGAUAUGCAGUUCAGUUUGAAAUAAAUCUAAAUUUAGUUGGAAUCAAAAAAACCAUACAAAUUUCAAAAAAGCAAUUAGUAACAAGUAACAUUUUGAUGGAAAGAAAUUAUUUAAGGAGACUCAGAAUGUUGAUAAAUACAAAUCUUAAAGAUUGUAAAGUAAAGAUGAAUUGGUAUAUUAAUGUGAGAAAGAAAUUUGAAGAUAACAAAUCACAUGCAUCGUUUUUUGAAAAUGGAUAUAAAUACAUGAAAACCAGAUUACCAAUGAGUUAUAUGGAACAUCAAGCAAAUAUAUUAAGAAGUGAAGAACUGUUGCAAAAAAGUCAGAAAAGCUUGGGAAGCAUUAUGUUAAAAUUUACAAAACAACAUAAAGGAGAAGAUCAUAUUGAAGCAAACAUUUUAAAGGAAAAAUGUAAAAAUAGUAUUGAUAGACUUUUAGUUUCUGUGAAAGAAAAAUUUUGUAAAAUGAUUACAAAUGAGUACAAUAAAAAUUUGCACAGAAUAGUUUCUGAUGAACAGAAAAUACUUAAUAGAGAAAUAAAUAAAAAUAUGGAAUUUAAAAGUUUACAAUAUGAAAAAAAUAUUAAAGAAAAAAUUAAGAUGUGGAAAUGGAAAACAAGAAGUAAAAAAUCAAUUUAUGCAAAUCAGAAGCUUCAAUUUAGACAUUUAUUCACUUACCAAAGAAACAGUCACAUACAAAAGGUAUACUCAACUCAUAAAAAGAUGUGUAACAUUCAAAGGAGAAAAAUCUCUUUUUUUCGAACAAAAAUCUGUAGAAACAAACAUUUAAUACAAAAAUGGGGCAAUAUUGUCAGAGCUAGAAAAGAGAGUAAAUUUGGAGAAAAUGAAAUGGGCACUUUGUUCAAAAAUAUGCAUUUUUCCAUAAUAAAUCUUAAGUUUCUAACAAUUACAAUAUGUAUGAAGCAAGACUAUUUUAGCUCUAGGAAAUAUCAAACACAGCAAUUAAUCCAAGUGAAAAAAGUGUUGCGGUAUCUGUUGCCAUCUUCAGAGAGAGUUAAAAAGAAGUAUUUUAGUCAGAAAGGACCUGAAAUGUCAUUUCUAAAAACAUCUAUGGUAAAACAACUUAUUAAAAACUGUUUUCCAGGCUUAACCUACCAAUACUUCUACAAAGAUAUUUUUAAUAGCCCAUCAUCAACUUUUGAAAGAACCAAGCGAUCAGCAAAAAAUAAAACUGAAUCAGUAUCAGUAGGUGCUUUACAACAUUUAAGCAAUGCUCUUAUAGCAGGUGCUACACUUUUUGGAAUAGCUCUGUUUAUGAUUGUGUUAGCAGGAUUUUACCUCUACCUUAAAAGAAGACAAGUUUUAAAAUUUUUCAAUACUGUUCUGAAAGAUGGAAAAUCCUCUCCCAAGGCUAAAUCUACUGAUGCCCAAGGUUAUGCCCCUAUUUCUGUUUCACAGAAUUUUCAUUUUGUACAACCAAAGGACUCACGAAAGAAACAGACCACAAUGGCAGCAGAUGGAGAAACCCAUGCCAAAGAUCAUGUUGCUGUGAAAGAAAUAUAUGAUAGCUCUGAUACAGAAGGAAGUUCAAAAAAGUCGCACAGAGGUUUGAGUAUAAGAUCCAGAGCAUAUGUGUUUCCAUCUCGGUCCAGUGGAAGUGUACAAUCUUUCUACGAUGAUGCUUGUGAAAUUUGCUCAGCACAAUUUUCUUUAUCAGAUGAAUUUACUGUAGAAAAACCGUGUUCAAAUCUGUCCAGCACUACUACCAAAGCAAAAGAAACUGUUUCUGUUGCAUGUCAAACAAACCAUGGUUUGAAAGAUGAUCAAAACUAUGAUAUUAAUACUGAUAAGUCACUGCAGCUGAAGAAACCAACUAUUUCAAGAUCAAAGUCUGAAAAUGAUAUCGUAAAGGCUUCUUCCAGUAAUACAUCACGUCCAGUAGAAUUAUUGACUCAUGUUUCUGAAGUACAAAAUCCAUGAUCCAUGUUUAUAUCACAUUGAAAAGUUCAAAUUAACCUUAAAUGCUGAUGAUUCUAUUUUUUCAUAAAACAACAAAGUUCUUAACUUAAUACAAGGGCAUUAAGAAUAGCACACAAAGUUCUGUGAUGGAGUCUUGUUCCAGCUUUAUAGGAAGUUCUCCAUUUUUGAUGCUCCGUUUUAAGAUCAUGGUACCUCUGGUUAGGGUUACACAUUUUGAAUCUGGGAUAUUUUGACCACAAAAUGUUUUGUAGACUCACAACAGUGUGUGUGUACAACAGAUGCAACCAAAUAGUAAAACUUGUAGAAUGUAUUCUAGAGGGGCUAAGAGAAUUAUACUGUUAGAUGACCUAUUCAAGAUCAAGACUUGCCCUCUCUGCAGUUUGUUCAAAUGAUUUCAAAUUCCUCAAAGCAUUCAUGCAUUCAGUUGCAGGUUUCUGUAAGGAUUUUGCACAUUCAGUUACAUUUAUGCUCGCUCUCAUGCAAGCAAGGAGGCUGAGGUUUUUUGGGAGGGUUAUUGUGAUAAAACUGACUAAUUCCUAAUCAGAACUAGAAACUACCCAAACUGUUCAAACCCAUCUGGGUGAAUUCAUGAGAUGUGAAUCAAUGGCAUUCAAGAGCAUUUACUGAGAUUUUGUUCCUUUGGGUCAUUGGCUCUUGUGGCAUCAAGAGUGAAACCUGACAUCAGUAAACAAUGUUUUAUUAAUAAAUAUUGAAUUGUGGCCUAAGAGAACAUAGGUUUCGAUCAUUUUUUCUGUCACAAUGAAAAACAAUUGUGAUAUUAUGCAUGGGAUUGAGACAGUUGCCAUUACAUACUUUUUAAUCAAAAACAAAUAUUUUAUUUGUGAUACAGUGUCAUGGAGAGUUUGGUUGUAUUGACCUAGUUGCAUAAUUCACUAACAUAUAGUGAAGUUAUGAAAUAAAGUAGAAUUUUUUUCUUCUUUUAAAAGGGAAGUUGAAGUUCCAACUUGCUGGGGAAUUCAAGCCUUUGCAUAGCUUGACAAAGAAUGUAUGGUAAGGUAUUGAUCUUAAAAGAUAAUUCUGGAAUCUAUAUAUGUAUAAUACAACAAAAUCAUAACAGACAUUUUCACUAUGGCUUAGGAAGCCUUAUAAAUGAAGCCCCAGAAUCAGUGGUGAAAUCCAAAUUUUUUUACUACCAAUUCUGUGGGCGUGGCUUGGUGUGGUUUGGUAGGGGAAUAAUACUGCAAAUUUUCCAUUCCCACUCCACUCGGGCCAGCUAGAGGUGGUAUUUGCCAGUUCUCCAAACUGCUUAAAAUUUUCGCUACCAGUUCUCCAGAACCUGUCAGAACCUGCUGGAUUUCACCCCUGCCCAGAAUGAUUUAUUUUCUUGUUUUUUGGCAAAAAAAUGCUGAGCUGCACUGCUAAGCAGGAUGGAGAACAAGAUGCUUCCUUUUGUAGUUUACUGAAUUUCUAUGGCGAGGAUAUAAAAAAGAUGAGGCAUUUCCAUUCCCCACCAUCAGUUUUUAGUCUCCUGUUAUAGUUGGUGAGUAUAACUAAUAUACCUGUUUUGAUGACAAACACUGGUAAAUAAAAUACAAGAAUAAGCCAAAGGUUAGGAUUCUAAAGCAACCUGCCUAUUAGACCCAAACAGGUAUGUUGCUCUGUGAGAUGCUGUUUCUCCAUGAGUCUAGUUCAGGAAUCCCCAAACUUUUGGACUUCAGGGACCACUAAUAUGAAUCCAGUGCGCUGCUUGCUGAAGCGCCUGGACUCCCAGUGAUGGGAGCGCCUGGACUCCCAGCGGAGAUGGGAUGGGGGUCCUUCAGGCACUCUCUCUCCCCCUCUCUUUCUCUCCCACUCAUUCUCUGAUUCCCUCUCUCUCUGUGUCUGUCAUUCUCUGUCUCUCUCUUUCAUUCUGUCUCUCCCUCCCUCUUUCUCUUCCUCUCUCUCUCCCCUUUUUCUCAUCUGUCUUCCCCCUUUCUUUCUUUCUUUCUCUCUCCUCCACUCUUUCUCAUGGGCCAGCCAGUGUCCUGGGGCUGAGAGGAAGUCAAUUGUCCCCUCCCCCGAGAGACUGAGGUAUAGGAGCACGAACAAGGGAUGGAAGAAACUUGCAACUUUGCAAUGCAGCCCUCGCCAGAUGGAAUGAGGUAAUGGUGCAAGGGUGGGACAGUGCAGGCCGGCCGAAGCAACGGGUGGCAGGAACC